AUGUCCGUCCCCACGGCGGCUUUGCUGCAAACCUUCGACCUGUACGACACGGACCGCGUUGGCCAUAUUCCCGCCACAUGCAUCCCGCACGUGCUGCGGAGCUGUGGGAUGUUCUCCACACCGGCGGAGAUGGCGGCGCUGCUUCGCAGGCACUUUGCCUCCGGCGACACCGUGACGCGCAGUGAGUUCCAGAAGUUCCUGCAGCAAACGCAAGCCCUCAAGACGCAGGACUUCCGCUCAGCGGAGGAGCUGGCGACGGCGCUUAAAGUCUUUGACACAAGUGACGCCGGGGCACUCACCCCCGAGGAGCUGCGGGUGAUUCUCACCCGCAUGGGCGAGGCCAUCGACGCGGACGCGUACCAGCGCGUCUUGGUGGGGCUCGAGCCAAAUGAAGAGGGCACGCUGGACGUUGCCCGGCUUGCGGCGCACAUGCUGCGCCCCACGAGGGAGUACAAACUCACCCCGCGGCAGAUUCUUGACGAGCUGGCGAGGUGA